AUGAACGCAAUCAACGCUGCUCAACUAUUUGAACAGCUCAGUGAAGAAGACAAGCGACACUUGGCCAAUCUCACAGGUGCCGAUAUCAAAAGAUUGGCGCUUCUGGCCACAAUUCGCCUGUUUUCUCGCGGGACUAGUGUCAGGCCUGUCCCCGUAGAAGCGCAGCCAGUGCCGAGCACCGAAGUGGCCCUACCUUCAGACAAUCUCGACUUUGAGGACCACCCAGAACAAGAAGAGUUCUGCAAUGAUUCCUCGUGUCCUUGCAACUCCAUCAAUUCCCCUGGUAUCCCCUCCCACGCCGACGACCGCUCCGCUCCCCAGGAAGCAUCUCACGGGUUCAUCUUUGGUAGUAACUCAACAUUCCGAACUGACUAUCAGCUUUGUGCAGAUCAUGCCCGCAUGUAUGGGGGCGAAUACUGGUGCAAGUCAGAGGAGCCGUCGGACUUGGAGGAGUCAUCUGAGGGUGGCAGUGAGAUGGAAGAGCGGGGAGAGCCCGUCAACAUUUCAGUAGAUGAUUAUAUCUAUCUUGAUGAAGAUGGAAACGAGCUGGACUCUGAGGGGCUUGGGCUGUCGGACUUGAGAUACGACUUUGAGAGUAUGAUUUGUUCAAACGAGGAGGACAGAACCAAAUAG